AUGGCGUCAAUUGGCAUUGUUGAACAAAUUUCCAGGGAAGCUUCUUCUAUGACCACAUACUUCUUCUGCCAGAAUACCGAUUACACUCUUAAUUCUGUUGAAGCAAUCAUCAAGGGUCUCAUUCGGCAAUUAAUCAGACAACAAAAGGAGCUUGUGGAUAUUCUUCGCCUUCGUUGUAACACAACUCGCGCAUGUUUCAGAGAUAACCUUUCUUCCUGGGAGGAACUUUGGAAAACAUUUUUCGAAAUGUUGAUUCAUUGUGCGAACCACAGAGUAUACGUGAUAGUGGAUGCUCUUGAUGAGUGCCGAACUGAUAGUAUGGGCGAUUUCUUGAAAGUCAUCGUUCGAACUGGGCUGGAUCUCACACAUGUCAAAUGGCUUUUCACAAGUCGACCUCUGGAUAUUGCUGAUCAGGAACUGCUCAAUUCACCCGAUCAAGUAGGAAUUAGCUUGGAGUUGAGCUCUGGUCAUCUGGAGUCCGCUAUCAAAACAUACAUCAGUUUCAAAGUGGUUGAACUCUAUCCCCGCCAUUAUCAUCAACCCCAGGAGCUUGAGAUCAUCGAAUCUGAGCUUCUUCAGCGGGCGGAAGGGACAUUCUUAUGGGUCAGCCUGGUGUUUAAGAAACUCGAGAAUGAUGGUAGCGGCAAACGUGUUUCAUUGCGCAACGUAUUGUCUACUAUUCAAGUUCUGCCAUCUGGACUGCGUCCCCUCUAUGAACGGGUGUUUCAGCAGGUCACCGAUGGUGAGGCAAAUAUGGUGACCGCCUGUCUGCGACUCCUCAAGGUCAUGAUGCUGGUCUAUAGGCCCUUGAAUGAGGCUGAAAUACUCAGUGUGACAGGACCGUUAGACUUGGAUGUUGUCAUUAAAAGAAUAGUCGAUCGUUGUGCAUCUUUCAUUAAAAUGCGAGGAAGUGCCAUCGAAUUCGCACACCAAUCAUCCCGAGAUUUUUUGACCGACUUACCUAUGCUCAGAUCUCUUGAGCUUGGCGGACAUGAGACGAUAAUGCUGAAUUGUCUGUCAUAUCUGACAGGGUUUCUUAAAUGUAAUGUUCUUGAUUUGCCGCUCCCUGAUUCGCAAAUACGAACGGAACCGCAGGACUCGGAGAGUAAUGCGACAGAUACUUCAGUUCUCCGUGGCAUGAACUAUGCUGCAACGCUUUGGGCUGAGCAUCUUGAAGCGUCUAGAUACACAAGUUAG